AGUAAAAACAGCCUCCAUCCUUUUACAGUAGUGGUUAAUCGAUCAAGCGAAGCGCACGGUCCGCGAACCGCGCGCAUUGAUUUUCUUUAAUAGUGUUUAAAUGAAUUAAAAUCAUGAUAAUUUAUAAAGUUUUAUUGUGUUUAUUAAUUUCCAGUGGUGCAUUAGGACAAAAGUCAACGCCAGUUCCUGAAUGUCCUGCUCUUGAGAAAGGCGAUACAUACACGCAGUCCGAAUUCCUCUCGCGACUGGCUCAUGAGUGUCGUUACGAUAGACUGCUACUGCCAACGUAUCAAACAGGCGAUGUCGUAUACGUGCAUGCAAGCGCCUAUGUUUAUUUUAUACAGCCAGCUGAAGCCCAUGACUUGAAUUUCAAAUUACAUUUUCUUCUACAACUACGAUGGACUGAUCCAAGGCUGGCUUAUGCCCUGUAUUCUCCUGAACGCACGAAAAUUAUAGGAGAGAAUGACUUACGAUCACGGAUAUGGGUACCCCAUUUGUACAUGUCCAACGAACAGUCGUCGAGCUUGAUGGGAACAGAUAGCAAGGACGUCCUUAUAUCGAUCGCACCCGAUGGCGAGGUGCUAUUCAGUCGACGAAUGCAGGCAGUUCUAUACUGUUGGAUGAAUCUUCAAAAAUUCCCAUUUGAUGACCAAAAGUGUUCCAUGAAUUUAGAAAGCUGGAAAUAUAACGCAUCGAUAUUACGACUGAUGUGGGAAAAGGACAACCCAGUUCGCCUGUCUUCCGAAUUGCACUUAACAGAAUAUUCAUUACUUGACUAUUGGACCAACGAGUCCGUAGUCCGAGGCGACAUUGUUAACAUGAGACAGGGUGGAGGUAGAUCGGGCAAUUACAGCGCAUUGAAGUUUACCUUUAAAUUGGGACGUGAAGUCGGUUACUACCUCAUGGAUUAUUUCAUCCCCUCGAUGAUGAUAGUCGCAAUGUCAUGGGUUACAUUCUGGUUGCAGGCAGAUGCUUCAGCGCCUAGAAUUACAUUAGGUACCAGCACGAUGUUAUCGUUCAUAACACUUGCAUCAUCUCAAGCAAAGACUCUUCCGAAAGUAUCCUACAUUAAAGCUAGUGAAAUUUGGUUCCUGGGUUGCAUUGGUUUCAUCUUCUCAGCUCUAGUUGAAUUUGCCUUCGUCAACACAAUAUGGCGCAGGAAGAAAGUGGUGAGCCUGAAGAAAGUAAAUAGCAAAUACAUACUGAAGAGCACAUUAACCCCGCGGCUGGCUCGCAAGGAGUUACAGAAGGAGCUACAGGAAUCUUCCCCUCAACUCAGCAAGUCACGGUCCUGCUCUUCUUUACAACAAGAGACUAGCAGCGAUCCGGCUGGACCCGGAUAUAAUAAUUACCUUACUGUACACAGUUUCCCAUCUGCCAUGAACUUGCCUACAAUCACUACACAGAGUUACGACGACCUGGUCACUAGGGCGGUUGGUGGUCGACGUCACAACAACUCCGGCAGCGAGGGGUCGGACGAGCCCCCGAAACACCACACCUGGACACAAAUGACUCCACAAGAAAUCGCCACGUGGAUCGACAAACGCUCCCGAGUCUUGUUCCCCCUACUUUUCGUAUUCUUUAACGUACUUUACUGGACAUUCGUGUAUUGUCUGUGAUUUGCAUUCGUUCGCUAUUUGCGGAAUUGUUCCUAAGCAUCUCAAGUUGUUCUGAGAUUCAUUGGUGCUCAUUAUACAAUAAUAGCACUUUGUCAUAGCGUUUAUUAGCAUUUAUUAUUCAUGAAUGUAAUAAUGUACUUAGAUACUUAUUACAUUCUAUAUUAUAUUGUAAUGUACAAGUAUGUACUUACUCGUCUCGAAUAGACACACCAGAUAAAUGAAUAUAAAUAGAAUAAAUUCCCAAAAAUCCUUUCAUCAGCGAAAAGAUCACGCCGAAAGAACAAUAGAAAAUAUUUAUUUAUAUGAAUUGAAUAUAUUAUUACUUUGAAUAAUUACUAAGUAUAUAAUGACUUAUCAUUAUUUCAUAAAAAUAGUAUCAUCUACAUUCUACAUAGCUAAAUUGUUUUAGAAAAAGAAAUUGAAUUCUAACGGAGCUUACAAUUUUACUGUGACAUAUUAUGCGUAUGUCGCACACUAUGGUCGAACACCUAUUUAGAAUUCUAAUAGUUGCUCUUGCGCGCUAGCUCUAAGGGUUUUAUUGAAAAUAAUGUAAUCUAAUUGGCCCUGAAAAAGACCUUAUUUUUUAUCUAUGGGUGCUUAUUUAUUCAGUAAAUAUACUACUAACUGCUGUUAUCAACACUGCUCGGUGCUCCGUACAGGCUUGACCGCUUGGCCGAUUUUUAUACAUACUUUUUCUACAAAUAAAAUAUUUCAGUUAUAGACUUUAAUGUAAGUAGUAUGUUAUGCAGCAGGUCUGAUAGAUCGUGGCCCUGAAUAAUUUAUCCUGAUAAAAUGUAUCCUGGCUGAACCAUGUUUGCCAGGAUAGCUAUAGUAUUAGGUAUAAUAUAGAUGGUAUUUUCAUAUAUCUAAUGCUAUAAUAAGCCCUCUCAGCUACACCGUCUAUUGCUAGGAUAAACAUCUUUCAUCUUAUAAGAGUAAAGAUGAGGUAUUUUACUUUUUGAAUUAAUAUAUUUGGAUACCGCUGUGAGAUUAGAUUUUGGCAACGUCAAACGAUUUUCAUGAUUUUCAUUCAUAUAAAGUUGGAUAACAUAAGGCAUAGCUAUAUUUAUGGUUAGUUUAUAUCGUAAUAAUAUAUAAUUAUACAUUAUGUGAUAUUUGUAAUGUUUAUACCCAUUUGACGCCAAAGCCCUUAUACAUUUUGUACAGAUUUCGAAUAUCUCAUAAGUACGUAUUAAGACAGAUAAGUAUAAUUUCAAAUUUGUGAACAAUCUAUAUAUUUUAAAUAUAUUAUCGUUGUUGUGUAAUAAAUAAAUAUUUAUUGUAGUGUUUAUUUAUUUAUUUUUUACUAAGGAUCGAUAAUUGUACCUAUUGUAUUAUUGUAGCCAUAUUUUAGAUAAUAAUAAGUAGAGCUUAGAUGUAACAGUAUGGAUUAUGAUGAAUAUUUUUUACCUACUGGGUGAAGAAAAUAUGAUCUUAAUUUUUUAACCGUAAUUUACGAGAAUGUCUUGUCAUUUAGAUAUCUAAUAAAAAUAAGAAAAAUGUAA